ACUUGACUUGCAUCAGUUUUCAUCAAGAAUCAACAAGCAAAUACACAGGAUGUGGAACGGCAGCUGCUGCUUUAUUUCUUCCCUGGUGAGGAAUACUGGUUGGUUUUUCUACUUCAUAAUUUUAGAGUUCAAAUAAACACCAGUAAGUUGAUAUUGGAAAUUUCUAACAAGAAAGCUUUAAUUUUCCUCCACUGUCUGUAGAGAAACGUGUGCAUUCAUGCUGGUGCUGUUUAUGCAGGGGAGAUCAAGCCAUGGCUGGUUUGCUCUUAACACAAACACUUGGCCACAGAGCCUUCUUUGCCAGUCUGUGCCCACCCCAUGCACUUCAGUGCACUGCCCUAAAUAAGAGGUUUUAUUUCUCCCCUCAUCCUGAAGUCCACAGGGAUACCUUGUAGGUUUCUCUUUUUAGAGUUAUUUUCCUUUUUUUCUACUUGUUUUUGUGUGGAAAAUCCCAGUAAAGGUAAUGGUAAAUGUCCUGCCAUUCGCAUGACCAUGGAAAAUAAGUAUGCUAAGGCCUAACUUACACAGUAGCCUUGCACAAUGUCUGAUGUCUGAGAGAACAGUUUGUGUUUAGGCUGAUAACCUGACUGUUUUAAUAUCUUCUCUUUUUAGCAUAUAAGGUGUGUGGUUCAUAAGUGCUUUCUGUUUUUUUACUGGUAUGAUCUAAUUUCUACAAGCUAAUUUUGGACUGCUCUACACUAUGUUACAAGUAACAAAAGCCUGUUAGUUUGGAGCUCUGCUGGGAAGCAGGAAAGGAACAGCUCUUCUAUUGCUAAAUGAAAAUGCAGAAACGCAAGCAGGGAAAAUAUGCAAUAAUUUGUCAGACCUUGAGGACUUCACUUGGCUCCUGAGAAUUUGUAGAUAAUGGCUCAGUGGGGAAGAAAUACUGUUCUUAAUGCUGAAAUACUCUGGUUUCUGUGUUUAGUACUAAGGUAAGGUGGUGGCAUGUACAGAUUGUGUGCCCAGGUGAUUGCCUUGUCACCUCCUGUGACAAACAGGGCCCUUUUAAUGUAGCAAGUAAUUUGGAUCAGUAGGGAUGGGGAGAAUAGGGACUCCAAGAAACAAAGCGAGUGCUGCAGAAAAAUCUGAAUCUGAAAUUUAAGACAAAACUACUUGUGUCAUACUUUCAGAGCAUAAAGAACUGACAUUGGAGCUGUUUGUGUUCAUUACAUGAUGGGAAACCAUGAAGUAUUCAUCAUCAUAUCAGCUCCAAAACACUCAUGAAAUUCCUUCUGUUACAAUCAGCUGGAGUGUUCCCCUUUUUAUGCACCUUUCCCCUUUCUUUGUUGCUGCAAAUGUGAUUUGAAACAAACCUGGGUUUUCUAUGUUGUGAACUGCCAUGAGCCCCCGAGGCAGGCAGGGACAGAGUGGCAGAGGCUGGUAGGAGGAGGUGGUGCCUGAGCAGUUGGGAUUUGAGGAGGAUGCCAUUGCCUGCCAAAGGCAACUCUCCUGGAGCACUUGACAGCAGUUCUGAGACCACCCAUGGCUCCCAGGCUAGCUCUAGUUUUAAGGAUUCCUGCUGACUCUUUUCCUGAGGGAAGCCAUGCCCUACCACAGAGUCCUUCACCUGGUCCUGCUAAUGCUGUGCAGCAUCCUGGUCCCUGCUGUGCUGGCAGCAGAGUACCCGCAGGACCCGGUUCCCACCCUCUGGAACGAGCCACCCGAGCUGCCCUCCGGAGCCGGUCCCUUCGACGCUGCCACCAACCCCGCCCGGCUGUCGGACGCCACUGCCUUCCCCCCGUACACCUCGGAGCUGGAGCCCGAGGACACCACCCAGCUGCACCGGCUGGACGCCGGGGACGGCUCGCUGGGGCCUGGAGCUAUUGGUGCCAUUGUCAUCGCCUCCCUCCUGGGUACGUCUGUGCUUGUGGCCUUGGUCAUCAUCACACUGAGAAAGUUCUCAGCCUCCUGAACUCAAUAAAAGAUUUUUCUGUUAACACAACUGGGCUGUCUCCAACCAUAAACUGCUCCUGAACUGUCUGCCUGCGACCCUGGGGGGAGUAGUGCCCUGGAUAACAGGAAGAGCACUGCAGGCCCUGUGCUGGGCAGCCAGGCUGCAUCAA